AUGAAAAACGGCGGUGACAGCCAAGACGUAGCGUUCGAUUUGGAGAAAUAUGGCCCCUAUAUCGACAAGAUUCGAGCGCUCUUUGUGCCGAGUCUGGAAUAUAGAAUCCAUUCCUUUCUGGUGGAGUUCGUGUACAGCACGGAUUCGCGAUCGGCAAGGCGGUUCCCACGUUUCAAGAGAUUCGUCGACACUUUGGCUACGUGGAAGGGUCUCCUGAACAAAAUCGCCGAGUACGAUGUCGAAACGAUGGGGGAAGCGAUCGGGAGUAUCAUGAAUUGCGCUUUGAAGGACGACUUGAUCACCUGCUUCCUGGAUUCCGUCAUUCUGCACCACAGAUUAAGCAAGAUCUGCCGCGAGUUGGACGCAUUGGGAAUCGAGGACAAUAUCUUGAGGAGCCUGAACGUGUGGAAUUUUGCGAGCGAGAGGAACUAUCGGCGACCCGACGGCGCCGACGUGGCGCGCGAAUUUCCCAUCGGCGGGAAAACUCAGGCCGCUUCGAGACUGAAGGUGAUCGUGCGCAAGAUGCAUGUGGAGGAUUGCGGCUGUUCGACCGGGUCGUCCGUCGUCACUCGUCACCUGCCCGUACCUUGUCGGGCGGACGAUCUGAUCCGCCGGAUCUCCGAGGCCGAUCCGUCCCUGACCGAGUCCUGCUUGAUAGUGAUGAGACGAAAGUUCCAGAUAAGCGUGGGCAACGUCUGCUCGUGCCUCAACGACGUCCUGGGCAAGCCGAGCGUCGAAACGUCGCGUCCCAUCGCGAGGACGUUGCGUCUCGAGAUACGCCCGGGAUACAUCAGCUUCAAGCUGAAGGCCGCCGGCGUCCGUAACUGCCUCUUCGUCGCGAGGAUACCGAUCUGCCAGAAGGUCCGCACGAGCCCUCCGCGUGACCUCCGCGUGACUUCGCCCUCCGCCAACGCGAAGGGGCCGAGGGGCGCAGUCGAAGGAUCGGAAUGUCCGGGCUGGUGGGAAAACGCGGAUUUCAACGAUACGCUCUCGCGUAUCGAUGAAGAGAGCGAGAGAACGGACGACGACGCGUGCUGUUCCCGGCCGGGCCGGAAGAGUCCGGCGGCGGUAGACUCGCCGCCGGACGGCAGGCUGGGAAGCGACGGUGCGGAGGAAAGCGCACUUUCACCCUCGAUUAAUGAGAACCUUCCGAAUUAUGAUGACGAAUUGACGACUUGUCCUUGCGACGAGCUCUCCGAGCCCGUCGUCGAAACGGUGUCCGACGUGAGCACCGGAGAACCAGAGAAGAGGAACGAGGAGCACCGUGAGACCCCGGGUUCGUGCGUGAUCGAUUACGAUGGGGACACCGAGGAACACAGGAAGGGAAUUCUCGAGUCGGACGAUUCGAUCGAGGAGAGCAACAAGCCGGUACGAUCAGCGGACGAUGGUGGUCGCGCUUGUUCAUCGUACGACCUGGCGAACCACGAUCAGACCGGAGGUAUUUCGAGCGAUUCGGACGGUCUAUCGCGGAUUAUGGAUUUCGACGGACGCGAGUGGACGCGCCCGUCGAACAAGGAGUCGGAUUCGGGGAGCGCGGAUUGCGCGAACGCGAGCAGCAUCGCCACGUUCGUGCGAAAUCCCGAGCGUGACAAGCAAUUGGUCGAGCUGAAUUACAACUGUUUCUCGGCCGUCGUGAAGGCCGACGACGAGCGAUCGAGCGAUCCGGCGGACUCGUUGAAUUCAGCCGGGGUGGAGCUCGGCCCUGAUUGUUCCCGCUGCUACGACGAUUUCGUGGACAUCACGAUCGCCGGCGACGGGGCAAGCACUCGGCUCGUCGGCCCGUUCCGAGGGAAAUCGUACGCGACGAAGGUGCAGCCUCGAGCGACGGACUACUCGCUCGCGAUUUCCGCGCGGACGCCCAGACUGAGGGUGUCGUCGAAGGAUGUCAACGUGGACUGCUCCGUGACUUCGUGCUCGGAUUCCGAUCACCGAUCGGACGUGAGGCUGCCGUGGCGCGGCAAUUUGGGAGAAAGAAGGAACGAGGGAGGAAUGAAGCCGCGCAGGCGAAGCAGAUUGGCCGGCGGCAGCGAGGUCCUGCCGAAGUCCUUCCGCUCGAUCGACGCCGCUUGGUCUCACGAUUUGUCGACUCCGGCUGCCACGGAUUCGCCGGCCAAAUGGGAAUUAGAGGACGGUCGACGUCGGCGCCGGAAAGCCGGGAAGCGGCGAGGAGGCCUCGUAAAUUACGACGGGAACUUCCACCGUGGCGGCGAUCCCGGGGAUCACGGGACUAGUGUAACGAUUUCCUCGAUUCGAUCGGCCGCGUCGUCUUUCGUCGACGAUGAUCCUGCGGGGUAUCUCGGUCAGCGCGACGCUAAGCGCGGCCGAAAUCGACGGACGAUAAGUGAGGAAAGACAGCACCGGGUCGGACGAUGCGGCGACGAGGGGAGGAGGAGGAAGCCGCGCGCGCUGAUUGGGAAGGUCGAUGAGUUUUCCGAGAUAUCGUCCUCGUCGUCGUCCUUGACGUCAUUCGUGAAGGUGGUCGAAGCCAGAGACGCCCGUGGGCGAUCGUACGGAGCAGCGAGGUCGAGAAAUGCAGCGGGAUCAUCGUCGUUCAAAGGCGAAGAUCGACGGGAGAUCGCUCGGUCACGCGGUAGACGCGUGCCCCGGCUCCCGGCCGACACGUGUCGCGAUUGCACGUGCGAUCUCGAGCUGGACUUCGAGUCCGCGCUGUCGCGAUACGUCGAGCUCUGCAGAAAUGUCAAGCGUUCAUUGAUGAGGACGCUGCGGCCGGCCGAUAUUUACGAAGUUAGCGCGCCGCCGGCCGGCGGCGAUUCACGAUAGACUUCGAUUCACCGUGACAAUCGCGACAACCCUGACAACCGUCCCCUUUCAUUCAGACCGUCGCCCACUCUUGUAAAAUAAUAUUGUUAACGCGCGUCGCGUGAAUAAUAUCGAAUAACGUUGAGUAAAUCAUUCACGACGCCAACGGCGUUGCGCGGGUCCGGUGAUCGUCGGGAUCGAUUUCUACGUUUAUUCUUCCACCAAGCUGAAAGUUACGCCAGCGUCUUUUGUAAAAUGUGCGCUGAAGUAUUUACCGACGAACGGAAUAUCGUCGUAUCGAUGCUCCAAUAAUAAUUAUUCCAUCGUUACGUAAGACCGAAUCGAGAUAAAGAUUACGCUGACUAACGCGAGAAUUCUAUCCUGGA